AUGCUGAAGAGUUGGAAGAAAUCGUACCUGAAGAACAGAGAGGACAUCGAGAUCUCAGGGAAAGGAAUGCGUUGGGAGUUCGACCAGAAGCGCCUGUUCCAAGGAACAGAGUACAUAGCAUCCGUUUGCAACGGGCUCAAUCAAAUUGCGAACGUUCUUCAAGACUUCUACAACAUCUUCGGGCCCCACCUGAAGUCCAUCAUCAGCGAUCCAGCGCAGAUCGACACUAUAAUAAAGAGGGUGGGCAGGCUGGUCCUGCCAAUCCAGGACGCGGACUUCAACAUCUACGAUGAAUUUAACAGAGAGAACUGGGAGGCAACUAUGACCUGGUUCUACGAGGAGGUGCGUUUCCUCGAGAACGAGGCGAGGUUCUUCAUCGACGAGUGCUUCAUGGUUCUCAUAAGCGCGGAGGACGCUCUGGAGGUGCUGCUCAAGUUUAAAAACAUAAAGACCAGGGACACCAUUCAUCAGCAACUAUUGAGGAAAUUUGACGUCAUCAUGCAGCAGUUCAGCAAGGAAAUCAGCGUGGUCGAGGGCAUUUACAACAGAGGUGAGAUAUUUAUUAGGUCAUCUCACAAGUAUUUUUUUAUUUUAUUUAUUACGCUAUUGAACCCCCUAUGGGGUUAUUAUAUACAUGGCAAACGGAAGCCACCCUUGCUGACGUAUCAUCCUCCUAUGGCCGGUGCCAUAUUCUGGGUGAGGCAGCUGUUCCAUCGCCUGAGGAGGCCAGUCCUGACCCUGCAAAACAUUCCAGAGUUGAAGCAUAGCGAGUUGAAGCUCCUUGCCUUCAGUCAAUACCUCGAAGUCGCCAAGCAGAUGAAGGCGUUCGAGGAAACGAAGUUCCAUUCGUGGGCUGACAAGGCCCAGUUCGUUGUGCAGAACACCAUGAAGAAGAGCGUUCUGAAGAUGGUAGAGUCAGAUCCAGAUAAAGGUGUGUUGACGUUCCCAGACACGGAGAAAGCAGCGAAGAACGUUCAGACCAUCCACGUGUCGAAGAAGGCGAGGAACAAAGAUUUCGGAUCGCCUGGCUCGACGCCUCAGGGAUCGGUUCAAAGGGGCGAGGCUGUGAUUUCGAAACCAAGCAUAGAAACAGGUAGCUCGGGAGCUGCCAGUUGGAAGAAACAGCCGAGAGGAAACGUUAAGAGCGAGGCCAAGGGAAUGCCUCCGAUUCAGAAGGGUCAAAAGGCGUCUACCAUGUCUUCGAUUGGGGAUCGACAAGGUCAUGCCACGAAGGUCACCAGAGCUGAGUUUAUGAGUGGCACGAUCUCGGUGGAGUGUCGUCGUCGUUUUCAAGUGAACUUCGACUGGAAUCUGUUCGAGAUUAUUCAUGAGGCUGAACUGAUGGAGCAGCUGGGAUUCGAGUUGUCGCCCAUAAUAAGAGAAGUUGGCAUCCAAAGAGAUCGAUUGAAAAGAGACAUCGACCUGACGCAGAGGAUGAUCAAACAGUACAACGAGAUGAUAGACAAAAUAGACAAGGCAGAGAUACAAUUACUAACCACCACGCUUCUGGAUGUAGAGAAGCAUAUUCAACCCGGUGUAAUGCGUUUGAACUGGGAUUCCCUGAACAUAGCGGAUUACGCGCACCACUGUGUGAAGCUGCUGAAGAAUUUGAGCUCGAUCAUGGACCAAAUUAACCACAUGAAAAACGAUCUCAAUCAUAGGAUAGAUAUCGAUCUACAGAACUACAACCUCUUCUCUCUGCCCCUCGAGUUGUACGAACACAAAGAGCUGUUGCCCUGCAAGACUUACUUCCAAGAGAUUCAGAACAGAAGAACAGAGCUGUUAACCGCCAUGAAGAAGAUCCACGAGUCGACAGGACCUAUACUGAACAAGCUCGAGAGCUUAGUGCUGGGAACGUCUACUGGGAAAAGUCCAUCUAUGCAACUAUUCUACGAGAAAUGCGAGAAGAAGUUGUUCACCGCGCUCGUAACGUGUAUAAUAAAGAAUUUGGAGAUCUUCAACAAAUCGCUGAUGAGUUUCAAGCCGAUGUUCCAAAUAGACGCAGUGUUAAUUGCGUCCGAGGCGGUUCUGAGGCCAUCCCCUGCGGAAAUUUAUAACAUCAUCCUUCAAAACAUGAAGAAUCUCUUGGAAGGGUUGAAGUACUUCCCUAGGUGGAUGAAUGGGACCUGCGUAGAGUGCAAGCCUCAGAAAAGAAACGAUUCGGAAGACCUCGUUACUAUAACUUUCUUUGAAGAUGUUAUUAGUAUUCAAGCAGUGAACGACAGCGUCCUGGCAGUUCAAGGGUCAGCGCACAGGAUAGCGCUGGAAUGUUGGCACUAUCUGCACAGAUGGAAGAAGUACAGCAAUCUUUGGUCGUUCGACAAGAAUUUGGCCGCAGAAAAAUUCGCUGCCACGUCGCCUACUCUUUACGAGUACGACCAGAAGUUCACUUUCUACGGGAACAUUCUCGAGGAACUGGUGGACAUCGACUCGCACUUUGACUUAUACUGCAUACGGAUUAAUCUUCAUCCUUUGUUGUCCGGCGUCGAGCAACACGCCAACGAAUGGAAGCAAGUCCUGGGCAAUUUGUUGCUGGUCGAAACCGUCCACGGAAUGAACGACUUGAAAACGAUCAUCGACAAUUUCCGCGACGAAGUCGAACUCGUGAUAACUGGUUUGGAUCGUUUCACGUCGGUCAUGCAGGCAAUUUCUGACAUAAGGAAGACUGCUAAUCAAGCGGAAAACCUCGAUAUCAACCAAGAAGAACCAAGUAUCUUGAUUUCGAGUCUAUCGCAGGAAACAUUUCGAACUUUUCGAGGCCACGGAAUUACGUUUCCCGAGGAGGACGAACAAAUGGCGUUGAAUUUGCAACGCGACUGGGAAUCGCUUUACCUGGGCGCCCUUUACAGAGCCUCCACCCUCGAAAGCACCUGCGACAGGUUCUCUGAAAUGACCCAGGAGCAGAUAUACGACUUCCUGGCGGAACUCACAGCAUUCGCUGAAGACUUUCGCGAGAAUGGUCCUGGAAGCGUUGGGGAGGACCUGGAGCUUGGACUGAAGAAGAUGGAGGAAUACGGAAAGCUGAUCGCCAAGCACGAAGAGAAACGCCUGAACAUGAUCAACUCGGAGCUGUUGUUCGACCUUCCAGCGACUGAUUAUUCAGUUUUCUUGAACGUCAAGAAAGACUACGAAGGCAUGGAGACGCUGUUCGCGCUGUACAAACAACAAAAGCGCGCCAGAAAUGAGUGGGCGCAAACGCUUUGGGUGAACCUGAAUCCUCAGCAGCUGAUCGACGGCAUGGACCACUUUAUCAGGGAGUUUCGGAAGUUUCCAAAGUUCGUCAGGGACUUUGACAUCGGGCACGUACUGGACGCGAACAUGAAGAGCUUCAAGAACUCGGUGCCACUGUUUAUCGAGCUGAAGAACGAGGCUAUGCGCGAAAGACACUGGAAAGAAUUGAUGAAAAAGACUGGGCAGUACUUCGACAUGGACCCAGACAGGUUCACCCUAGAGAAUAUGUUCGCGAUGGAGCUCGGCAAGUACCAAGACAUCGCCAAAGAAAUUGUGAUGAAUGCCGUGAAGGAGCUCUCCAUAGAAAGAGGCUUGAAAGAAUUGACAGAGGUGUGGAAUCAAAUGGAGUUCACCGUUGUGAAGCAUUUCAAAGGCACGGAGGACCGUGGAUUUAUCCUCGGACCAAUCGACGAAUUGAAUCAAGUUCUCGAGGACAAUAUGAUGAACGUGAACGGCAUGGCGGCCUCCCAAUUUAUCGGCCCCUUUCUGAAGACUGUGCAGAAAUGGGAGGACAUCAUGCACACGAUCUCAGAGGUUCUGGAAUUAUGGACGGCGCUCCAAAAGAAGUGGCUGUACCUCGAGGGCAUUUUCGUGGGCGGUGACAUACGGUUGCAAUUGCCAGACGAGGCAAAGAAGUUCGACGAAAUCGACAAGUCGUUUAGAAAGGUCAUGGUCGACACGUCGAAGAGGCUGAACGUUCUCGAGUGUUGUACCAUGAAAGGACGAAAGGAGGAGUUCGAAUCGAUGAUCCACGGCCUCGACAAGUGCCAGAAGUCCCUCACUGAUUACCUGAACGCGAAACGAGCGAUCUUCCCAAGAUUCAUUUUCCUCAGCGAUGACGAAUUGCUCAGCAUCCUUGGCAGUGGCGAAGCCACGGCAAUCCAAGAGCACGUGGGCAAGAUAUUCGAUAAUUUAGAUAAAUUCAGGUUCGAGCUGAACAAUACCGACCGAGUGGUGGCCACUGCUCUGAUAUCCUCCGAAAAAGAAGUUAUGGAAUUUCGAAACGCCGUUCUCGCCGAGGGAAAGAUCGAGGAAUGGAUGGUUGUUGCUCUGGAGGAAAUGAAGAAGACGAAUCGAUACUUGACCAAGAAAGCUGUCUACAACUACGGAAAGGUGAUUUUUUUAUUUAACCUCGAUUCAGUCCUAAGCUUCGAUCUCUCGGUUUGCAAACUAAACCAAAUUCUCCAGGUAAGAAGACCGAGGACAGAAUGGAUGCUCGAUUUCCAAGGAAUGAUGAUCCUCGCGGCAGAUCAAAUAUGGUGGACAGCAGAGGUGGAGAACGUAUUCGUGAAAAUCUCUCAAGGGCAGAAACACGCCAUGAAAGAGUACUUGAAGCAACUCAACACUCAGUUGAACGAAGUAGUAACCCUAAUGGGCGGUGAUACGUUGACUAAUAACGACAGGACGAAAUUCGAUAUGGUACUGACUAUUGACGUUCAUAUGCGAGACAUCAUCGAGGGUUUCGUCAGGGAUAGCAUCAUAGAUCCUAUGGAAUUCGAAUGGGAAAGCCAACUGAGGUUUUACUGGGUUCACGGCCUGGACAAUGUCUGGAUGCAUCAAUGUACCGGAACGUUCGAGUACGGAUACGAGUACAUGGGUCUAAAUGGCAGACUUGUGGUUACGCCUUUGACUGAUAGAAUAUACUUAACUAUUACACAAGCUCUCUCCAUGCAACUGGGAGGUGCUCCUGCAGGCCCUGCUGGUACUGGGAAAACGGAGACCACCAAGGACUUGGCCAAAGCGUUAGGAUUACUAUGCAUCGUCACAAAUUGUGGCGAAGGAAUGGAUUACGUGGCGAUAGGGAAGACACUGAGUGGGUUGGCACAAUGCGGUGCAUGGGGAUGCUUCGACGAAUUCAAUCGCAUCGAUAUUUCGGUGCUUUCCGUGAUUUCCACGCAACUGCAGACAAUACGCUCCGCGUUGCAAGUGAAAGCGUCGAGAUUCAUGUUCGAAGGCCAGGACAUCGUGUUAGACACCAAAGUGGGCAUAUUCAUCACUAUGAAUCCUGGAUACGCGGGUCGCACGGAGCUCCCCGAAUCGGUGAAGGCACUCUUCCGACCAGUGGUUUGCAUAGUGCCAGAUAACGAGCUGAUCUGCCAAAUAAAGCUGUUCAGCUCGGGCUUCUUGACCGCCAAGGUCUUAGCAAAGAAGAUGACCGUCCUGUAUAAACUGGCACGCGAACAGCUGAGCAAGCAGAACCACUACGACUUCGGUCUUAGGGCUCUCAAGUCGGUGCUCAAUAUGGCUAGCCAGCUGAGGCGUACCUCUGGCGACCUGGAGGAGAACGUGGUACUCAUGAGGGCCCUGAGGGACAUGAACGUACCCAAAUUUAUUUUCGACGACGUGCCUCUAUUCUUGGGGCUGAUCGCAGACCUGUUCCCUGACCUCGACUGUCCUAGGGUUCACUAUCCCGAUUUUAACGAGGCCGUGAAUCAUGCCUUCGAGGAGCAUGGGUAUAUUCUUCUGGAUGCACAGAUCGACAAAGUUGUCCAACUGUACGAAGUAAUGAUGACCAGACACUCGACGAUGGUAGUGGGGCCCACAGGCGGCGGCAAAACCGUGGUGAUUGAGACCUUGUGCAGAGCGCAGACUCGCCUCGGAAGACACACCAAACUUUACACCCUGAAUCCCAAGGCAUGCACGGUGAACGAACUUUACGGGGUGCUGGAUCCAGCAACCCGCGAUUGGACAGAUGGCCUACUGAGCAACAUUUUCCGCGAGGUUAACAAACCUCUGGAGGCGGACUCGAAGGAACUGAGGUAUAUCCUCUUCGACGGUGACGUGGACCCUCAAUGGAUCGAGAACAUGAAUUCCGUGAUGGACGAUAACAAGCUGCUGACUCUGGUGAAUCAGGAGAGAAUCAGGUUACUGAGUCACUGCAGUCUGCUGUUCGAGGUAGGCGACCUGCAAUACGCGUCGCCAGCGACUGUGUCGAGAGCGGGCAUGGUGUACGUCGAUUCGAAGAACCUGGGCUACCGUCCUUACAUAGACAAAUGGGUACGAGGCAAGAACGAAACCGAUCGGGAGUUCUUAAGCGGAAUGUGCGAGAAAUACGUGGACGGUGCAAUCCAGCUCAUUAUACACGGAAUGCUGGGCAUGCAAGCGGUCAAGCCGCUUAAGAUGAUCAUACCGCAAACCGGACUGAACAUGGCAACUCAACUUUGUUACGUAUUCGACGGACUCCUCUCGAUCCUGGACGAAGUGACCGUCGCUGCGAUUGGAUCGGAAGACGACGACGACGUCCACGUGGAGCCAGUGACCACCAGGGAUGAAAUUCUCGAAGCAAUGUACAUACAGGCCUGCUACUGGUCGUUGGGGGCUACUCUGGUUGCAGAAGACAAGUCACAGUUCGACGAGUACAUGAAGAGGACGAGUGGACUCAUGCUCGUUCAAGACACCGUUGAGAAGCCAGCGACUGUGCGAUACCUUCCUGUAACUCGUGAUACUUUGUACCACUACUACUUGGACAUAAACAAGUACGUCUGGGUACCAUGGCUACUCUUGGUCCCAGAGUAUGUACACGACAGGCAGAAGAACUUCUCCGAAAUCUUGGUUCCCACCGUUGAUACCUUGCGCACGACAUGGUUCAUCCGAACCAUGAAUGAACUUAAUCGACCAGCUCUUCUGGUUGGCGAGACUGGCACCGCGAAGACUGCCAUUAUACAGGAAUUUCUUCGACAUUUAAACGUUGAAAAAUACCUGCUGAUCAAUUUCUCGUCGAGAACAACCUCGAUGGAUGUACAGAGGAAUAUAGAGUCCGUGGUGGACAAAAGAACGAGGGAGACUUACGGGCCACCGCCUGGAAAGAAGCUGCUUGUUUUUAUCGACGACAUGAACAUGCCACUGGUGGACACUUAUGGCACCCAGCAACCUAUCGCUCUUCUCAAGUUUCUCUUCGAAAAAGGGGGAUUCUACGAUCGCGGGAAGGAUCUGUCGAUGAUGUACAUGAAAGAUUUGUGCUACCUAGCAGCGAUGGGAAAACCUGGAGGCGGCAGGAACGAGGUCGAUCCUAGAUUCAUCUCCAUGUUUUCCGUUUACAACGUCACGAUCCCAUCGAGUGAGACUCUCAGCUAUAUUUACACGAGCAUACUGAGUGGACACUUGCAAACGUUCGAGGAGGAGGUGCAAGCAAUUGCCGAGGAUCUGGUGCAAAUAACGUUGGAUCUUUACGAGAUAGUCAGCACGGAGUUGCCACCAACGCCGAACAAAUUCCACUACGUCUUCAACAUGCGAGACCUCUCGAGGAUCACGGCUGGCCUCCUUCAAAGCCACCCAGAUUACUUGCCAACAGUGAAACAGAUCGUCAGACUGUGGAGGAACGAGUUCACCAGGGUCAUAUGCGAUCGACUGGUCAGAAGAAGUAAUGUUACAGCCGAGUAUCGAUGAUUUCGAGAUAACAAGAACAAAGUUAAUGUUUGUUCGCAGGACGAGAACCUAGUCGCUGGUCGCAUAAAGGAAAAAAUCGAGGAGCGCUGGGAGGAAGACCAAGAAGUGAUCGAGUACAGCAUGAGGGAUCCUCUGCUCUUUGGUGACUUCAGGAACGCUAUUCACGAAGAGGAGCCGCGGUUCUACGAAGACUUGCUGGAUUACGAGGCCGUUUACAAUUUGUUUCUGGAGAUUUUCGAGGACUACAACGAAAGGAACACGACGAAGCUCCAAAUGGUUCUCUUCAACGACGCCCUCCAGCACUUGACCAGAGUGCAUCGAGCACUCAGGAUGCACCGUGGCCAUGUUUUGGUUAUUGGUAUCGGUGGCAGUGGCAAAAAAUCGGUGAUAAAGUUAGCUGGCUACGCAGCCGACUUCCAGACCUUCGAGAUCGGUUUGAGUCGCGGCUACAACGAGGCGUCCUUCCGCGAAGACAUGAAAACCCUUUAUAAUGCGGUUGGCGUGGAUAAUAAGAGGAUGGUGUUCCUGUUCACGUCCUCCCACGUUGUGGACGAGAGUUUCCUGGAACUGGUGAACAACAUGCUGAUGACUGGAGUCGUGCCAUCCCUCUUCACCGACGAGGAGAAGGACGAAAUCAUCAAUCUUACCAGGAAUCAGGCCAAAGAUGCUGGUUUUGGAAUCACCAGGGAGAGCGUGUGGUCCUACUUCGUGCAGAACAGCACGUCCAAUUUACGAAUCGCGUUGUCCAUGAGCCCGUCCGGGGAUUUGUUAAGAACAAGGUGUCGAAAUUAUCCUGGUCUGGUGAACAGCACAACCAUAGACUGGAUGUUCCCUUGGCCUGAACAGGCUCUGGUAGCCGUGGCUAACGUUACCUUAAGAGAUAAUCCAAACGUGCCGCAAAAUUACAGGGAAUCGCUAGUGGAGCAUAUGGUGUACGUGCACAAAACUGUCUGCGAGUACACGGUCGAGUUCGAAACAAAAUUACGAAGGCGAAACUACGUGACCCCGAAACACUAUCUAGAUUUCAUGAACACGUACCUGAAGCUUUUGUUGGAGACGAAGGAUUACAUAAACUCGCAGUGCGAUCGACUCUCCGAAGGUAUAAAGAAGAUCGCUGAGGCUUCCGUGACUCUGGCCGAGCUGAACGAGAUUCUGGCGGUGCAAAGAGUGAAGGUCUCCGACCAGACGAAGAACUGCGAGCAGUUGCUCUCCUCGAUCGCCGAGAGCACGGACAUCGCGAUGGAAAAGAAGGAGCUGAGCGAGGAGAAAAGAAAAGAGAUAGAAGACCAGAGGAAAAUUAUUAAUAAAGAACAAACGGAAGCCAGACAAGCAUUGGCUGAAGCGCAACCUGCACUCGACGCUGCUAGAGCAGCUCUGGGAGAGCUCGAAAAAGCGGAUAUUACUGAAAUAAGAUCCUUCGCAACUCCCCCUGAAGCCGUGCAAAUAGUCUCCGAAUGCGUGGCGAUGCUGCGAGGCGUCAAAGACAUCUCUUGGAAAGGCGCGAAAGGAAUGAUGGGCGAUCCUGCGUUUCUAAGAGUCCUGCAGGAAAUGAACUGCGACAAGAUCACGCUGAAGCAGCAGCAAGCGGUCAGGGCGCACUUGAAGAAGACCACCAAGUUGGACCAGAUGCAAAAUAUCAGCAAGGCUGGAUAUGGACUCUACAAGUUCGUCCUGGCUGUGUUGGACUACUGCGCAGUUUUCAGAGAGGUCAAGCCGAAAAUGGAUCGAGUUAAGGAUCUAGAGGAGGAAUCCGAGCGAGCUCGCAAAGCCUUGGAGCGAGAGGAGCGCGAACUAAAGAGAAUCGAAAAGGCCAUAGGGGAACUGAACGUGAAGUACGAGAGCGCGAUGAAGGAACGACAGGAGCUCCAAGAGGAGACGGACCUGAUGCAAAGACGCCUGAUCGCCGCUGAUAAAUUAAUCAACGGGCUUUCUUCGGAGAACGAGCGCUGGAAGGUGGAAUUGCAAAGCUUGCAGGGACAGAUCGACACGAUCGUUGGGAAUUGUCUCCUGUCCGCUGGAUUCCUCGCGUAUUGCGGACCGUUCUCGUACGAAUAUCGAAAUCAGAUGCUGUACAACGAUUGGAGGAACAGCGUGGCGGAGAAGCAGAUCCCGUUCACAGAGAAUUUCAGAAUAGAAUCGCAGCUGAGCGACGACGUGGAAGUCAGCACCUGGACCUCUGAAGGUCUGCCACCCGACGAGCUAUCUGUGCAAAACGGUAUUCUAACCACGAGAGCAUCGAGGUUCCCGAUUUGCAUCGAUCCUCAGCAGCAGGCUCUCAACUGGAUAAAGAAGAAGGAGCAGAAGAACCUGAAGAUUCUCUCGUUCACAGACUCCGAUUACCUGAAGCACGUGGAACUGGCGAUAAAGUACGGCCUGCCUAUCUUGUUCCAAGACGUCGACGAAGUCGAUCCCGUCAUAGACAACGUUUUAUCCAAAAACGUACAAAACGUCAGUGGUCGAACAUUCGUUCUCCUCGGUGACAAGGAAGUAGACUACGAUCCAAAGUUUCGGAUGUACUUGACGACGAAGAUGUCGAAUCCGAUGUUCGACCCUGCUCUCUACGCCAAGGCCACCGUGAUCAAUUAUAUGGUGACCCUAGGAGGUUUGGAAGACCAACUGUUAUCAGUGGUCGUGAGAACAGAGAGACCAGACGUCGAGGAGCAACGCGAGACGCUGAUCAUCGAGACGAGUGAGAACAAGAAUUUGCUUCAGCAGCUUGAAGACAGCUUGCUACUGGAGAUCGCCACCAACAAGGGGAACAUGCUGGACAACCUCGAACUCGUCGAGACACUGGAGAACACGAAAUCGAGCGCGAACGAAGUGAUGACGAAGCUUUAUCUGGGAGAAGUCACCGCAGCAGACGUGAACAAGCUUCGUGAUGGUUAUCGAGGGGUGGCGAAACGAGGGGCGAUCUUGUUCUUCGUUCUGGCAGACAUGGCGACGGUGAACCCGAUGUAUCAAUACUCGCUGAUAAGCUACGUGGAAGUGUUUCGUUAUUCCCUGAAGAAAGCGCUGCCCGAUCCGACGUUGCAGCAUCGUUUGAACAACAUCAUUCUGAUGCUCACGAAGAACGUGUACGAUUACGGUUGCACGGGGAUUUUUGAAAGAGACAAGUUGCUUUUCUCGUUCCAAAUCUGCACCAGGCUGGAGCAGAGCUUGGAACGCAUCCCCCAACAACAGCUGGACUUCUUCGUUAAAGGUAGCAUAGCGCUGGAGAAAUCGCCUAAAAUCAACCCCACCAAUUGGCUACCGCGUCCAAGAUGGGUGGACCUGCUUAAAUUGAGCAAAGAUUUCCCAGAAAAGUUCGGUCGACUACCUGACGAAUUGGAGGAGCACGAAGAGGAAUGGCAAAAUUGGUACGACAUGGAUAAUCCUGAGUCCGAAAAUUUCCCUCUGGACUACUCUGAGAAGUUACUACCUUUCGAAAAAUUGAUGUUGAUACGAUGCUUUCGAGUCGAUCGCGUGUACCGAGGCGUUAUCAAUUACAUCAGCGAGAUCAUGGGCGAAGAGUACAUCACUCCACCCCACGUCAGCUUGGAAAUGAUUUUCGAGCAAAGCACGCCGACGAUGCCUGUCGUUUUUAUCCUAAGUCCUGGAUCUGAUCCAUCUUCUGAAUUGAUGACGUUGGCGGAUGGAUAUGGUUGCGGGGGAGGGAAAUUUAAGUAUCUGUCUCUCGGACAGGGCCAAGAAAAGACUGCGAUAGAAUUACUGGAGUCAGCCGUGGCCAGAGGCCAGUGGCUGAUGCUGCAAAAUUGCCAUUUAUUAUUAAGCUUCACGAAAGAACUGGAGAAACUUUUGGAGAACACUGGAACGCCCCACCCCGACUUCCGUUUGUGGCUCACGACGGAUCCCGCCCCCAAUUUCCCUAUAGGAGUCCUGCAACAGUCCUUGAAAGUGGUUACGGAGCCGCCGAGUGGUUUGAAGUUGAAUCUCGAGAACACUUACUUCAAAAUGAGACCCCACGCCCUGGAUGUCUGCGAGCAUCCCGUCUACAAACACCUGAUUUACGUUCUAGCGUUUUACCAUGCGGUAGUUCAGGAAAGGAGAAGGUACGAUAAAAUUGGCUGGAACAUUAACUAUGACUUCAACGAGUCGGAUUUCAAUGUGUGCACGACUAUCCUGGACACGUAUCUGACCAAGGCGUACAAAGCAAAGGACGAUAGGAUACCUUGGAACAGUCUGAAGUAUCUCAUUGGCGAGGUGAUGUAUGGCGGAAGAGUGAUAGACAGCUACGAUCGUCGAGUAUCCGAGACCUACAUGGACGAGUAUUUCGGAGACUUUUUAUUCGACGUCUUCCAACCCUUCCAUUUCUAUCGCGACGAGCACGUUGAUUACGUGAUACCACCCGAAGGAGUACGUGACGAUUACCUGAAGGUCAUACAGGAACUCCCGCUGGUGAACUCACCGGAAGUCUUUGGACUCCACCCAAAUGCCGAAAUUGGGUACUUCACCGAGGCAGUGAAGGAAAUGUGGAACAAUCUUAUAGAACUACAACCGCAAACUGGUAAUGGUACUGGGAUAAGCAAAGACGAAUUCAUCGACAACAUAGCAAAAGAGAUCUUGAACAAGGUCCCUACCGAGUACGAUCUGAUCAAAGUGAAGAAAGCGUUCGGAAUAGCCGUGACGCCAAUGGCGAUCGUCCUAUUCCAAGAACUGGAGAGGUUUAACAAGUUAAUUAGUACGAUGAAUAGGACCCUGACGCAAUUGAGGAAGGCUGUUGCUGGUGAAAUUGGAAUGGACGCAAUGCUGGAAAGCGUGGCUACAGCGUUGUACAAUGGCGUGUUGCCAAAAGAAUGGGCCAGAUUAGCGCCAGACACGAGGAAGAACCUCGCUGGUUGGAUGGAACACUUCGAAAAGAGAAUACAACAGUACACUGAUUGGUCUGGCGCGAACGAGCCUAUAGUUCUUUGGAUAGCUGGCCUUCACAUUCCAGAAACCUAUUUAGCGGCUCUCGUGCAAAUGACUUGUCGCAGAAACGAUUGGUCCCUCGAUCGCUCGCUCAUCUACACGGAGGUGUCCAGGUACAGCAGGUCUGACCAGGUGGAAGAGAGGCCAGAUCAGGGUUGCUACGUCAGCGGUUUGUAUCUGGAAGGUGCUAGAUGGGACAUACAGGAGAGGUGUCUGAAGAGAUCACACCCAAAAAUUCUAGUCGAAGAGCUGCCAGUGCUCACCAUCAUUCCAAUCGAAGCUCACAGACUCAAGCUUCAGAAUACUUUCAAAACGCCUGUGUACACGACGUCCAAUCGACGCAACGCGAUGGGAGUAGGUUUAGUCUUCGAAGCGGACCUUGCCACGUCGGAACACAUUUCGCACUGGGUCCUGCAGGGAGUUUGUUUGAUAUUAAAUACCGAUUAGGCGAUUGAUCAGUGGUUUAAAACGAAUGUAGGAUAAUGUGAUACAGCAGUGUUAUUUUUGUACAGUUAAGUAUCGAAACAAUAUUAUUACUA